GCUCAGAGGUGCAGGUGUGAGGAUCCACUCCGCUCUGUAGAAUGGUGCGUUUGUCUGCGCUGAAGAUGGAGAGAUGUCUGCUUUUCAUCUCUCUCUCCUCCCUCCUCCUGCUCUCCACAGCCAGCAGCACGGAUGUGAGGCUGGUGAAUGGUGGCAGCCCCUGCGCUGGGAGAGUGGAGGUUUAUCAUCGGGGAGAGUGGGGGACAGUGUGUGAUAAUUGGUGGGGUAUGGCUGACGCUGGAGUGGUGUGCAAACAGCUGGGCUGUGGAGAUGCUGUAGAUGCACUAGGAGGUGCUCACUUUGGACAAGGGUCUGGGAGAAUAUGGAUGGGUGCUGUGCUCUGCACUGGAUCAGAAUCCUCACUGAAGCAGUGUCCGUCUGGAGGAUUGGGUAAAUAUCCCUGUAAUCAUGGACAGGAUGCUGGAGUGAUCUGCUCAGAGGUCAGGCUGGUGGGCGGGGCUGACCUGUGCUCUGGGAGUGUAGAGGUGCAUCAUGGGAGCUCCUGGGGCACGGUGUGUGAUGCUGACUUUGACCAGAAGGACACAGAGGUUGUGUGCAGGGAGCUGGGCUGUGGGGCUCCUAAAGAGCUGCGUGGGGCAGCUGCAUUUGGCCAGGGUGAGGGCCAGGUGUGGGCAGAGGAGAUUCAGUGUAGAGGCAACGAAUCACAGAUUAACUUCUGCCCCACGGCACCCUCACAGAAUCAACCCUGCUCCCAUGGAAACGAUGUGGGCCUGGUGUGUUCUGGCAGGGAGGAUGUGAGGCUGGUGAAUGGUGGCAGCCCCUGUGCUGGGAGAGUGGAGGUUCAUCAUCGGGGAGAGUGGGGGACAGUGUGUGAUAAUUUGUGGGGUAUGGCUGACGCUGGAGUGGUGUGCAGACAGCUGGGCUGUGGAGAUGCUGUAGAUGCACUAGGAGGUGCUCACUUUGGACAAGGGUCUGGGAGAAUAUGGAUGGAUGUUGUGUUCUGCACUGGAUCAGAAUCCUCACUGAAGCAGUGUCCGUCAGGAGGAUUGGGUAAAUAUCUCUGUAAUCAUGGACAGGAUGCUGGAGUGAUCUGCUCAGAGGUCAGGCUGGUGGGCGGGGCUGACCUGUGCUCUGGGAGAGUAGAGGUGCAUCAUGGGAGCUCCUGGAGCACGGUGUGUGAUGCUGACUUUGACCAGAAGGACACAGAGGUUGUGUGCAGGGAGCUGGGCUGUGGGGCUCCUAAAGAGCUGCGUGGGGCAGCUGCAUUUGGCCAGGGUGAGACCCAGGUGUGGGCAGAGGAGAUUCAGUGUAGAGGCAACGAAUCACAGAUUAACUUCUGCCCCACGGCACCCUCACAGAAUCAACCCUGCUCCCAUGGAAACGAUGUGGGCCUGGUGUGUUCUGGCAGGGAGGAUGUGAGGCUGGUGAAUGGUGGCAGCCCCUGUGCUGGGAGAGUGGAGGUUCAUCAUCGGGGAGAGUGGGGGACAGUGUGUGAUAAUUGGUGGGGUAUGGCUGACGCUGGAGUGGUGUGCAGACAGCUGGGCUGUGGAGAUGCUGUAGAUGCACUAGGAGGUGCUUACUUUGGACAAGGGUCUGGGAGAAUAUGGAUGGAUGUUGUGUUCUGCACUGGAUCAGAAUCCUCACUGAAGCAGUGUCCAUCAGGAGGAUGGGGUAGAAAUCGCUGUAAUCAUGGACAGGAUGCUGGAGUGAUCUGCUCAGAGGUCAGGCUGGUGGGUGGGGCUGACCGGUGCUCUGGGAGAGUAGAGGUGCAUCAUGGGAGCUCUUGGGGCACGGUGUGUGAUGCUGACUUUGACCAGCUGGACGCAGAGGUUGUGUGCAGGGAGCUGGGCUGUGGGGCUCCUGAAGAGCUGCGCGGGGCAGCUGCAUUUGGCCAGGGCGACGCCCACGUGUGGGCAGAGGAGAUUCAGUGUAGGGGCAACGAAUCUCAGAUUAACUUCUGCCCCACGGCACCCUCACAGAAUCAACCCUGCUCCCAUGGAAACGAUGUGGACCUGGUGUGUUCUGGCAGGGAGGAUGUGAGGCUGGUGAAUGGUGGCAGCCCCUGCAUUGGGAGAGUGGAGGUUUAUCAUCGGGGAGAGUGGGGGACAGUGUGUGAUGAGUACUGGGGUAUGGCCAACGCUGGAGUGGUGUGCAGACAGCUGGGCUGUGGAGAUGCUGUAGAUGCACUAGGAGGUGCUCACUUUGGACAAGGGUCUGGGAGAAUAUGGAUGAAUGUUGUGUACUGCAUUGGAUCAGAAUCCUCACUGAAGCAGUGUCCGUCAGGAGGAUGGGGUAGAAAUCGCUGUAAUCAUGGACAGGAUGCUGGAGUGAUCUGCUCAGCCCAUCAAAUUGUCAGGCUGGUGGGCGGGACUGACCUGUGCUCUGGGAGAGUAGAGGUGCAUCAUGGGAGCUCCUGGGGCACGGUGUGUGAUGCUGACUUUGACCAGCCGGACGCAGAGGUUGUGUGCAGGGAGCUGGGCUGUGGGGCUCCUAAAGAGCUGCGCGGGGCAACUGCAUUUGGCCAGGGCGACGGCCAGGUGUGGGCGGAAGAGAUUCAGUGUAGAGGCAACGAAUCUCAGAUUAACUCCUGCCCCACGCCACCCUCACAGAACCAACCCUGCUCCCAUGGAAACGAUGUGGGCCUGGUGUGUUCUGGGUAUACAGAGUCCAGGCUGGCUGGUGGCCCUGACAUCUGCUCUGGUCGAGUGGAGCUGAAGUACCUGGGUACCUGGUGGACAGUGUGUGAUGCAUGCUGGGAUAGCAGGGCCUCCGAUGUCCUCUGCCGGCAGCUGGGUUGUGGGACUGCAGUGGCAGUGCCAGGACAGACCUGGUUUGGAAAUGGGAGUGGGCCAAUCAGCCACGAUGUGUUUGAUUGUCAUGGGAACGAGACACGGCUCUCACAGUGUGCGGUUUCCUCUUGGAGCCGAGCUGCGUUCUCACGUGGACAAGAGGCUAGAGUCAUCUGCUCUGGCUCUGUUGUCUCCACUCUGGACGGGACGGUUCAGCUGGCUGGAGAGAGUGAGUGUGGGGGCCCAGUGGAGGUGUACUACCAGGAGACCUGGAGCAGAGUGGGGGGGUCCUGGAGCUCCAGGGAGGCAUCGGUGGCCUGCAGGCAGUUGGGCUGCGGCUCUGCAGUGCAGGUAUACAGCUCCUCUCCGUCUGGGACGGGGGCCAGUGAUGUGUGUCUGACGGGGUUUGAGUGCUCCGGGAGAGAGUCUCACCUGGUGAACUGCAGCACUCCACACAAUCUCACCUGCAGCUCCAGGGAACGGGUGUCCAUCGUCUGCUCCAACCGCCGGUCCCUCAGGCUGGUAGGGGGAGGGGGACGCUGUGCGGGGCGGGUGGAGGUGCUCCACGACGGUUCUUGGGGGACGGUUUGCGAUGACUCCUGGGACCUGGAGGAUGCUCAGGUGGUGUGCAGGCAGCUCCAGUGUGGGACGGCCCUCAGUGCCCCGCUACCCUCCUUCUUUGGGCCAGGAAAUGGACCCGUCUGGCUGGAUGAGGUGGGCUGUGUGGGGAACGAGACGUCCCUGUGGGACUGUCCCACAGCCGGAUGGGGACAGACUGACUGUGGACACAAGGAGGACGUGGGGGUUGUGUGUUCAGAAUUCAAGGAGAUGAGACUGAGUGAAGGCUGUUCUGGGAAUUUGGAGGUUUUCUACAAUGGCACCUGGGGCAAUGUGUGCUGGAAUGGAAUGGAGGAAGACACAGCUACUCUCAUAUGUCAGGAGCUGAACUGUGGGAACACUAGUAAAGUGUCUAAAACAGGGCCAAGAGUGGAAUCUGCUCCAAACUGGCUGGAUCAUGUCAAAUGUCGCCCACACGACUCCACUCUGUGGCAGUGCCCAUCACGCCCUUGGGGUGAAAAUAAUUGCGAUAAAACAGUGGCUGUGCUCAACUGUACAGCGAAAGAGGAUGAAGACAUUCCACGGAGCAAAUUGUCAUGUUCCUCGGCAAAAAAUCUGCGAUCUUGCACAAAUCACUGGCCCCUCCGGGUGGUGGGGGGGGCAGGCGGGUGCUCUGGGAGGCUGGAGGUGUUCCAUGGGGGCUCCUGGCGGUCGGUGUGUGGAGACUCCUGGGACAUGAUGGAUGCCCGUGUGGUGUGCAGACAGCUGGGCUGUGUGUUAGCACAGGGGGCUCAUGGUAAUGCUACUUUUGGGACGGGGAAUGGCACCCUCUGGCUGACUGAGGUGAACUGCAGGGGCACUGAGCUGCACCUGUGGGACUGCCCACACUCUUUGCACAGCAGCUGCCGAUCGCAGAACCAGGCUGGGGUCACCUGCACAGGUCUUUCAUCUCGCUCCAGCCCCACUGCAGUUGCCACCAAGCCGCCCGUGACCAAGCCGCCCGUGACCCCUCCACCUGGUCUGUCUAUCCCAGCAGUGGCCUUCCUGGUGGUGGGGGCGCUGUUCUUCCUGCUACUGGUGCUGCUGGUGCUGCUGGGGGUUCUGCUGCUCCAGAACAGAGCUCUGAGGAGAGCCCUUUCUCAGUGGGCCCAUCUCCCCGAGCCCGUCUACGAGGAGAUCGAGUUCAACCCGACGAGUGGGGGAACGGACAGCGCCCCCCGGUGGGGGAGUGGCCUAUCUGAGGACCCGCCCUCCGGGUAUGAAGACGUGGGGGACGGCAAGGGACACUCCCUCUCAGGUAAAGUAGUGGAGGUCUGUGUAGGAGGUGCUGCUGUGCUUCAGGUAAAGUAGUGGAGGUCUGUGUAGGAGGUGUUGCUGUGGUCCAGGUAAAGUAGUGGAGGUCUGUGUAGGAGGUGCUGCUGUGGUCCAGGUAAAGUAGUGGAGGUCUGUGUAGGAUUUUUGGGAGGGGUGGAGAGUGAGGCAUAUUGUCACACUUUUCACUCUCUUGUAUUUCUUGGGCGCAAUACAUGACAAAGGAAUAAAUGUCACACCAAAUGAAAGUCUCAGGCACGUAUUUUGUAUUCAUUGCAUCUCAUCUAUUUCUGAACAGAGUUAUAUACUGUUAAGUAGGGUGUGCAGUUGUCACACUGUGUGUUGUCACACUAAGUGGCCUAAAAUGUCACAUGGGAUUUUUCAUCAAAUAAGAACAUAACCAAGUCAUUCUGAAUAUUUUUUGGUUUUCCAUUUAAAAUUCAAAACCAAAUAUAACUUCAUAAAAGGACUAGUGGGGCCAGAUCUGGCAAGUGCUUUGCAAGCAUGAUCUUUGGUACCCCCAUUAUUGUCAGGGAAGAACCUCUGUGACCCCACUGUCCUGCUGUUUGAGAGUCCUGAGAUUAAGCCACAAGUCCCCACUAGUCUCCUUGCUUCCAGGGGACCUGGUGCCGGAGGACACGGCAGAGAACUACGAUGAUGUCACCACUGCUGCG